UCAUGUCGUCUCCUCUCCUCUGGCCCACAGUGCUCUGCGUCCUGCGGUAGGGGAUACAAAUACCGGAACGUGACGUGCGUCAGUCGAUCGGGCCGACCAAUCGCGGAGGAGAGCUGCCAGCACCUGACCCGCCCCAGCAAGCAGAGGCGAUGUCGAGGGGGGCGCUGUCCCAAGUGGAAGAUAGGCAGCUGGGAAGAGUGUUCGACGACAUGCGGUAAUGGAAUACAACAUCGCGAUGUAGCCUGUCAGCUCGGGGAGCAGCGCCGCGUGGAUGAGUCGGAAUGCACGCGCACUUCAGCUCGUCCGCCUUCAAGCCAGACCUGUCGACUCGCUGAUUGUCCCUCGCAAUACAGGUGGAGCGUGGAGGAAUGGCUACCAUGCAGCCGGACGUGUGGGUCGGGCCACCGGAGGAGAGCGAUGCUCUGCGCAGAUCAGAGCGGAGGAGAGGUGCACGAGAUGUACUGCAUGUCCCAGACCAAGCCCACGGACGCGGAGGCCUGCAACACACACGCCUGCGAAUUCCUCUGGAUCACAGGGGAAUGGACAGAGUGCUCAGUCACGUGCGGACAGGGAUACCAGAGGAGGCUGGUCUCCUGCAGUGAGGUGCAUGCAGGGCAGGAUAAUUACGAGUACGGGCAUCAGUCUUCGUCACACUGCCCCGGCACUCCUCCCGAGAACUACCAGGAGUGCGACGCCGGGCCCUGCCCAUCCCGGGAAACUUGGAGGAUGGGCAUCUGGGGGCUGUGCUCAGUGACUUGUGGAGAGGGCUGGAUGGAGCGCACUGUGCAGUGUGUUACGUCAGAGGGGGAAGCCAGCAACAGGUGUCCAAUGUCUGCCAGACCAGAGGCUCGCAAGGCCUGCGGCAAUCCGUCCUGUCACCUGCCCACCAGCUGCAGAGAGGCCCAGGGCAUGACUGGCUUCCCGGUGGAUGGAGAGCAGAUACUCAACAUACAAGGAAGGGCACUCAAGAUCUACUGUGCAGGAAUGCAGACAGACCAUCCAGGGGAAUACAUCACCCUCAUGACGGGCGAGGCGGAGAAUUUCUCAGAGGUCUUUGGCUUCAGGCUGAACGACCCCACUGAGUGCCCGUCCAACCUGAGCCGAAGAGAAGACUGCAACUGCAGAAGGGACUACACUGCUGCUGGACUCUCCACCUUCACCAAAGUCCGGCUGGACCUCAGCAAGAUGCAGAUCAUUACCACAGAUUGGCAGUUUGCCAGCACGAGAGAAGGUCGCCAUGUGCCAUUUGCCACCGGGGGAGACUGUUACAGCGCCGCCCGCUGCCCACAGGGACGCUUCAGCAUCAACCUCUCAGGGACAGGUUUCCAUGUGGCCGAGCAGACUAAGUGGAUUUCCCAUGGAAACUACGCUGUGGCAGACAUACACAAGUCACAGGAUGGCAGUAGAGUCACAGGGAUGUGUGGCGGCUAUUGUGGGAAAUGUACGCCCUCCACAAGCAGCGGGCUUCUCGUGAGAGUCACAUAACACAGCGCAUUGCUAUGUUUAGGCGAUUUGUCACAGCUCCCCCAGUGCUGUUGCCCCUUCAGUGCUGUUGCGACACACUUUCUCUCUCUCUCUCUCUCUCUCUCUCUCUCUCUCU